AUGGAACCAACCAAGACCGGACUGCAAAUACCUGUCAUCGACAUCAGCUCCACCAACAAAGAUGCUCCUCAACAGCUCCUCGAUGCGGCAUGCCGCUUCGGCUUCGUUUUCAUCGCCAACAAUCAAGCUGGGAUUGCACCAAAGUUGAUUGCAGAGUUAUUCGAUCUCUCAAAGGAGUUCUUCGCUCUACCGACAGAAGUGAAGCAAGCAGUAUCCAUCAGCUCCAACAAGGCCGGCAAAAAUUACGGGUGGCUGAGUCAAGGUGUCGAGAAGCUCGAUCCCAAGACUCAAAAACGGCCAGAUGUGAAAGAGGCAUUUAACAUGGGAAUUCAAGUCGAUGCACAAUUCGAACAACCCCUCCCGGAGCUAAUUCAGCAAAAUGUAGAAAAAGUAGUGGCUUUCCAAGUAGCCUGCCAUGGUCUUUGUCAACGAGUACUUGAAGCCUUCGCCAUCGCCCUAGAGAUCGACAAAGAUUGGUUCACCUCCCGGCACGAUGCAACGAAAGGCCCUAUAGGUUCCAUUUUUCGACUACUCUACUACCCCAAAGCUACCGAGAAACACGACGAUGUUGAUAUUCGAGCGGGAGCUCAUAGCGAUUACGGCAGUAUCACUUGCUUAUUCCAACUUCCUGGCCAGCCGGGCUUAGAGAUCAAGACGCCUAGCGGAGAGUGGGCAGCUGUGCCUGUUGAUCCGCUGGGAAGUGGCAAUAUAGCAGAUUUGCCUAUUCUCGUCAACAUCGGGGAUUUGCUGGAAGAUUGGACGGGUGGGUUACUUAAAUCGACGGUUCAUCGAGUGACGUUUCCAAAAGAAGAUGGUGGGGAUCGUUAUUCUAUUGCCUACUUCUGCCAUCCACUGGAUGAGGCUUUGUUGGAACCAGUACCUAGCAAAGCAGUCGGAGAGUACGCGAAAACUCAUGGUAGCAAGAAAAGCGCGUCAAAUGGCAAGGUCAUUACAGCCCGGGACCACCUGAUGGAGAGGCUGGCCGCGACAUACAGUGUUUAG